AACCCUCGUUGGAUGCUCGUUGUAGACGUAUGAGAUCCUGAGUUUGACCUUUCUCAAUGCUCUUUCGCGUGAAUCCUCAAGUUUGAUCUCACCUCGUCAUCGCUCAAGGUGUGACAAGGGCUCUCCCCUCCUCUGUUUUCUUCUGUUCCGACAGUAUUCCAUUGUGCGAGGAAUGAUUGUUGAUUAUCCCGCCGCCGGGACUCAUCGCCGACGUCCGCCGCCACAGUAUCCAUCGACCCCAUGAGCUAGAUGAUUCAUUCACCGGACCCCGUUGGUCCACAGAUCGUUCUCCUCUCGACACGUUUCUUCCUGAUCAGGAAACUUAAUCAAUGAACUCAAGAAUAUGGAAAUCGCAUAUGUUGGCCACUAUAUCAAAGUGGUUGAAAGUAACCAUCAAAGGGGACAAAGAGAGUGAGUGGGUUCAGCUUCAGCCCCAUAUAUUCAAAUAAAAAAUACCUUAGACUAACUCCAACUAUGGAGCAAAUGGAGGAGCAAAAGAAAGAAAAAUAAAAACCCUAGCAAACAAUCCUUCAAGGAAUGAUGCGGUCGAUAUUCUGAAAACAUGAGAUAACACGAUCGUAGCAUAUAUAGAAUACAUACAUAUUGUAACGUAUAUAAGAUACUUUGAAAAUAUGAGAUAACACGAUCAGUCGAUAUUUACAUUGCACUGAGACUCGGCCACUCUACCAUAAGUCAUACACAUUACUCUUUAGGAACGUGGGAGAGAUGUCUCAUAUAUAUCCAACAUUUUUCUUCAAUGAUUUUUCGCGAAAUACAUUAUUAUACAUUUGGAUUUGACUGAGUAAUGAAGUUGAAUCCGUGAUUUCGUGUAUUCAAUAUCUUUAAACAAAAAGCGAUGCUCAUAGAGAUAGGAAUGAUAUUUGAUUUUACAUCGUUGAAUUUCACGUUAUAGUUAUUCGAUAAAGUACAAUCAUGUAUAUCGGAGGUUCAUGCUACCAUCCUUCCAUGAGAGAAAGGAAAAACAAAAACAUGAAGAAGUGGAUGGGGUAUUUUUUCAAUUAGUCGAGUCAAACUUUUUGUUCUCGGGGUUUACAAUAACUUGUAUGAAAUUCAGCUGUAAAACCAUCAAAUUUAUCAAUUUUUCGUCGAUAGUCUGGUUGUGUUUAUUUGUUUGAAUCGACCUGAUGAAAACUACUAUAACAAUAAAAGAAUAAUCAACGACGAGCUAAAUAAAAUAUAACAUAAUAUCUUAACUCUUAAGAUUAAGGCGCUAUCACCGGACCAACUAAGACAUUGCCAAAAUAUUGUUAGACUAUGAGUGGUAAUUUUUUUGUAUCACAUUUUAAGCUUUAACCUUGAAUUUGAGUUUUCCCCCCUUCAUGGACACAUGAUAAAAUUAGAAAGAUAUAUAGAAGAUUAGUAAAUUUGAAGUCUCCUUGUUAAAAAAAUAUUGGGUAAAAAAGGGAUUUUCUCCAAAUGAUAAUACCAACAGUUUUUUCCCAUUUUAAUUUUUACUCUCACUCGCACUCUUCCUCCUUAUUUCUUCUCUCCCACUCGCACGACGACACCACCGCUCACCGAAUAACAGAUAAAACAAGCCAUUCACCGUAGCUUCAGAGCAAGCAGCAGAGAAAAGAAGAAGAACAAGAGAAAAUUUUCACAGCAAUGUCGCCAACACGAAGAAACCCACCAUUGUUGCUUACUCUCUUCCUCUCCGUGCUCAUUUCCUUUCUUUUCGUCUCCUCCACCGCAGCUCCCGGAGCUGAAACUGCGACGUUUCAUUUCCGAGCUCCUCGAUUUCCCGAGUUUUCGAGAGCUGGGCAUGGCUUAGUGUCGCCAUUCGGCAUACGACGCCAUCUCGCCGGUGGCAACUCGACGGCUGCCGGAGAUGGGAAUUCGACGACUCUGGUGUUGGCUGAAGAGAGGACUCGAAGGAAAGACCCUUCGGAUAACAUGAAAGUUUACACUGGUGGAUUCAACAUCAGCAAUCAACACUACUGGAGUUCUGUGAGUGGAACAGCAGCGCCAUUCUUUUUCAUAGCUGGAGUUUGGUUUCUUGUCUUUGGGAUAUCUCUGUUCUUCACCUGUCUAUGCUGUUGCUGUUGCCGGAGAGAGCCUUAUGGCUACUCUCGAACUUGCUACGCCAUCUCCCUCAUCCUCCUCAUCAUUUUCACCAUUGCUGCAAUUGCUGGAUGUGCUGUUCUGUAUACUGGACAAGGGAAGUUCAUCGGCAUAACAUCAGACACAUUGGACUAUGUAGUGAGCCAAGCUGAUGUUACUGCCGAAAGCCUCAAGAAUGUGUCCGGUUACCUGGCUGCAGCGAAGUCGAUUGGCGUGGACUCGAUUUUCUUGCCUCCUGAUAUGCGGGGUAAACUCGAUGGCCUUGUGGCGAAGGCCAAUUCGUCUGGGAACACUCUGUCCAGCCGUACUCAGGAUAACAGGAAGAAGAUUAAGGAUGGGUUGAAUAGCGUGAGAUUGGCUCUUGUUAUCAUAGCUGCUGUUAUGCUUGCUUUGGCAUUUCUUGGCUUCUUAUUCUCUAUUCUUGGGAUGACUUGCCUUGUAUACUUCCUGGUGAUUCUAGGAUGGAUCCUUGUUGCUGGUACUUUUAUCUUGUGUGGUGUGUUUCUUCUUCUCCAUAAUGUGGUGGCCGAUACAUGUGUGGCAAUGGACGACUGGGUCCAGCACCCUACAGCUAAGACGGCCAUGGACGAUUUCAUCCCAUGUGUGGACAAUGCAACUGCACAAGAGACCUUGGUGCAAUCGAAGCAGGUCUCUUUCCAGCUCGUCAACAUAGUCGACAACGUCCUCGCCAAUUUCUCCAACCGCGACUUCCCGCCACAACUUGGACCUCCUCUCAACUACAACCAAUCCGGUCCCUUGGUUCCUGUUCUCUGCAACCCCUUCAACUCUGAUCUCACCGUCAAGGACUGUGCUCCAGGGGAAGUCGGCUACCAUAAUGCAACUGAGGCGUGGAAAGGCUACGUGUGCCAAGUCUCGAGCAGCGGCAUAUGCACAACGCCCGGUCGACUGACUCCAUCUUUGUACUCCCAAAUGGCAUCUGCCGUGAACGUGAGCUACGGACUGUAUCGCUAUGGCCCGUUCCUCGUAGAGCUGGAAGACUGCACGUUCGCGAGGAGGACGUUUACGGACAUCAGCAGUUCGUACUGCCCCCACCUCCGACGGUACACGCAGUGGAUCUACGUAGGGCUGGUGGUUGUCUCGGCUGCCGUGAUGCUGUCGCUGAUCUUCUGGGUGGUCUACGCCAGGGAGCGACGCCACCGUGUGUACACCAAGCAGUUCAUGACUGGUGGUGGAGAACACAACAAGGGCCCCGAGCAUAUGUGAAAGGGGUUUUGAUUGAUCGAUCGAGUACAGCUUCUGUAAAUCUUAGUUGUUGUUGUUGUUCUAGGUGUGAGAUGUAUAUGUAAGACUGGUAGUUUUAAGCACUGAAGAAGUUAAGGCCGGUGGUGCAAGAACCGAAACUAUUAAUCGAUUCCAAGAAGCAUUUGUUCAUGUAUUCAUUCAUGAACAAAUAAUACAACUAGAUUUCUUGACAUUGAUCAAAGAUUUCUCCAAUCAUGAGUAGAAGAACAUGCAUGAAUCUGAGAUGCAGAUCUUUUUCUACUUGAUACGUCUAUUAUUCGAGGAGUUUGUGCUUGACCUACAAUAAAUAACAUGUUUUUUUUUUUUGCAUAAAUUUCUAAUACCAAUUGCUACUUAAACUAUAGGUAUUUCGAAAAAAAAUACUACUUAGAU